AUGCAGCUGCAGUCUACAGAGGUCAGGGUCCUAGGACCAGGACACCAUCAGGAGGACCAGGACACCAUCAGGAGGACCAGCAGGACACCAUCAGGAGGACCAGGACACCAUCAGGAGGACCAGCAGGACACCAUCAGGAGACCAUGA